AUGUUGAAUGAUUGCAGUUUAUCAUACGAUGCUUCAUAUGUAUUUAGCCAUGCAGAUUCUAUUAAUCUAUGUUCUGGCGGUAAAUUCGAAUUUUUGAUUGACGAAGUUGCAAAGCCAAUUUAUAUUGAUGAUUAUAAUUUUUUGAGAAAUGCUCAUGAAAUUCUCAUUCCUCAUCAAAGCAAAGAUAUCAUGAUCCAAAAGAAAGAUGGUACUUGGACAGAUUUUGAUAAAGCAAUUGAUAUUAAUAUCGCUGCUAUUAAAUCAAAAUCAGGGGAAAAAGUUCUUAGAUUCGAAUUCCAUUAUACCUUAUUUGGUUGUAUCGAUGUAAUUUUGAAUCCAAAAGAAAAUGGUAUCUACAAAGGUAAAGGUCUUAAUCCAAUAAAUGAAACAAUGGUAGUAGUUUAUUCUUGGUACCCAAUUAAUUUCUCACAGUUUUGGAAUUAUUCAAAUUAUAAAACCAUUACCAUCUAUGACUCUAUUGAUAGAAACAGACUACAAGAUGAUCAUUAUUUCAUUGGUGUUACAUGCGUUAGUCUUCGUAUUAGUACUCUCAGUUCAGCUGAACUUGGCUUUGCUUUUUAUAAUUUCUCAUGA